AUGAGAAAAUGGAAUAUGAAAGAGAACAAUUCUGAGGAAGGUAUUUGGGUCGAACCUACGGAGAACACAACCGUCAGGUCCGGAAUCCAUCUCCCCUUGAACAAGUCACAGUACUCCUCAUCACCACCACCACCUCCUCCUGCAUCUGCAUAUGAAAUCAUGUUGGGUUCCGAUCCUAAAAAGGUUUGGAGGAUAGAAGAUGAAGAAGAUGAUAAAGGACGCAAGACAGGACAGAGUGACGAUAGGGAUAACAAUCCUAGCCUUCCUGGGUUCAUGGCAAGCGAUAAGUGUCAGCGAGAGAAAAGAAAGACGAUUAAUGGUGAUGAUCUACUCUGGGCGAUGGUGACGUUGGGUUUCAAAGAUUAUAUUGAUCCCCUUAAGGUGUAUCUGAAUAGGAACAGAGAGAUGGAGGGUGAUACCAAGGGAUCUGCAAAGAGUGGUGAUAAAAGGGAUGUUGUUGGAGUUCAACCUGGUCCAAAUGCACAGAUUGCUCAUCAGGAAUCCUUCACACAGGGAGUGAGCUAUAUGAAUUCUCAAGUAAUAAUUUUACCUCUGUUUCUAUUUCAGCAUUUAGAUCAACAUAGACAUUCCGAUCAAGCCAGACAUUAAAAAGUUAUAUUAA